CCGCUCUUCCCUAUAUCGCCCGCGCCUUCUCCUUCGUCGUCGAGCGUAGUUGACGUCGUCUUCUUCACUCUCCAUCAUGGCUCCGUUUGACAGGAUCAAGCCUAAGUUCAGGGAUUGGUAUGCCGUCGAGGCGCUGCCCAUCUGGAUCAUCAUCGGUACCGUCGGCGGUCUCGCCGCCCUCUCCAUCGUCCGCGCCGUGCACGCGCCCAGCGUGCAGUGGACUAAGGACAACCCAACGCCGUGGAACCGCAUCAAGCAGGAUGAGGGCGUCAAGCUGCUGCAGGUGAACCAGACCUUCGACAAGAAGUGGCGCCGAGACGAGUACUAAGGAUGCGGCCCACUGUCGUCUAUCUAUCUCUCUUCGCCUUAGCGUUUUGCAUAUCCUCAUCCCGCCUAUCACUGGCGCGACCCAAUUCCCCUCGCUCUGGGACCCCGUCGACCGACUUGGCGGAGGCACUCACUGGGCACGCCAGCAUACGUUACACUCCAUGUAUAUAUUACUGCAAUCGAACUGUAUCAACGACAUCUUCAACGACGUGAUUAUGGCC